AUGAAGUUCACUCUGCCUCUCCUCACCGUGGUUCUCAUUGCCACCAACGCUGUCGCAGCGCCCAUUCCUGGUUACGGUCGACGUGCGUCCGACAAUGCAACCAACAACAACGUUCUCAUUUCCGGUCCCACGGUGGAUGGUGAGUUCUGCAUGGGUAAUAGGUGGAUGUGAUUGGAUGUGAUACAGGCGAUGCUGACGCUCUGCAUGUCGUUUCCUUCGCAGCACAAGGCAAGACUCACGAUGGCACCAUCACCAAGUCCGACAAGACUGCCAUUGUCGGCGCUUCCAACGACUUGACUGGCGCUCAAGGUCAGGUCAUCAACGCUCGUGGAUACAUGCCCUUUCACGGCGACCGCGCUCGCGAAUCAACUCAUCGUGCGCGCAGCGCAGCGGAGGAAGCGUACAUCAUGUACGAGCGCAGAGGCUCCUACAGCGUGCAAGGCCGCGGUGUCGACGUCGUGGGCGCCAAAGUCAAUGCGGAUGGAUCUGUUGAAGAGGGCACGAUCGUCGACAAUGGUCUCGAUCACGACAACGUCAUUGGCAGCAAAAACGAACAGAAUGCGGCUGCUGGCGCGCCUGUAAGCACCCAUUACCGCCGCGGCACCAGCGUGGUCGGACCCAAGGUCCACGCCGACGGAUCCAUUGAAGAUGGCAAGAUCGAAGAGAACGGUCUCGACAAAGACGAGGUGAUCGAUAGCAAAAACGAGAUCCAAGAAAAUGCUGCUGCAGGCGCGCCCGUACCUGGUCAGUAUCGCCGCGGCACCAGCGUGGUCGGACCCAAAGUGCACACCGACGGUACCAUCGAGGAGGGCAAAGUGGUAGAGAAUGGUCUGGACCACGAUGAAGUGGUGGGUUCUGAGGACAAUGUUCAGCACGAAGCUGCUCAGCGAAGAGGCACAUUGGUCAAAGGCCCAGUGAUCGAUGCUGAUGGCACGGUACACGAAGGCAAGGUGGUUCAGAUCGAUGGACCGGACCGCGUCGAGCCUGCAGAGGACCACAGAACUGGACCUACCGGCGCGAGCGCGCCUCCUCCCUCUACACCUCCUCCACCUCCUCCCUCUACAAACGCAGCCGAUACGACGACGCCCAAGAAGAAAGCCAAAUCCAACAUCAAGGACACAGUUCACGUCGGCAACCACGACCAGACAAGCGAUCACUCCGAGACGGUCACUAAUGACGGUGCGAAUGUGGACAAGGGCGAAGAUGCGGGCGAAUCGACUCAGCUCGCUGCUCGUCGCCGACAGCUCGAGUAA